CAUGACCGCCGUGGCUGCAGCAGCAGCUGCUGCUGUAACUUCUGCCCUUGAGCAAGAUGUGAUUCGUGUGCAUGGUCAACCCGGUGCCUCAAGUCAGCUGGUCGAAACAUGUGCUGAUCGCAUGUCAUUACACACUCCCACCCGUCGCCACAAUUUUUUUCAACCGGUUCAUCAAUCUUUAGCUACACGCGCGGAAAAGCUGUCAUUUGGACAAGAAGCGUCUGAACAUAGUAUGGAGCAAUCAAGUUUAUUAUCUUCCCAAACCACUAAUCGAAGGCAUGGUGUUCCUGAUCUGAUGUCGCUAGACACACAGAGAGAUAACUCAAUUUUUGGAUCGUUCAGGUGGGCAUUUUUUGUAUUUAUUUGGUUUUUCAUCUUUAUAUCUAUCUAUCUUAAUGUUUACAUCUGCAUGAAGGGUAUGGCCAAUCUGAUGUAA